AUUUAAGCAGCCUGAUCCAAGAACAGAGCGAGUGAAGAGAAAAGUUUCCAAAAGUUUUCCUACGCUGAGGGAUAAUUACUCAAGCAGAAGCGGAGGUUUCAUCGCUGAUCCAAACAAGAAGCCACACAGAGAAAAAUGCCAAGUGAGCGGUUGACAGUCAGAACCGGGUCGGACGUUGGGCGUUUCCCUGGAGCAGCCCCGCCCACCAGGGUAGAGCUGACCAUUCAGAAAGAGGGGGACAAGAAACAGGAGGAGGGAGGCUGUCGCCGAUGGCUCAGGAAAAUGUGUCCGUGCUGCUGUAAGCGUCAGAACAGCACCUCCUACGAUGUUACAGACAAGGUUGAAAUGGUCAAACCACCGGCCCCGGCCCCGAGCCCGGCCCCGGAGCCCGCCAAGCCAAAGGUGGAGAAUGGAGAAGCAAAGGAAAUGGAAGAAAUAAAGCUGUCGGUGCAAUCGGUGGACCUGCUGAGCUCCAAGACAGGUCAGAACAGACAGGAGCACCACACUGACCUGUUUCACGGCGACGAGCUGAUCAUCCGCAGAGGACAGACCUUCCAGAUCGAGCUGGAGCUCAACAGGCCCUUCAGUGCUGACACUGACAAGCUGCAUCUGGACCUGAAAACAGGUCCCCUGCCCAUGGUGUCCAAAGGCACCCAUGUCAUCAUUCCCCUGGUGGAUCACCUGGAAGAUGAACGCUGGGAGGCAAAGAUUGUAGAGCAGAGCGGCAACAAGGUCAAGCUGUCUGUCAACUCUCCAGCCAACGCUGUGAUCGGCCUUUACGGGCUCAGUGUGACGAUUUCCUCUCAAAAGGGCGAGGCCACAACCACUCACAACUCCAGCAAGAACAUCAUCAUGCUCUUCAACCCGUGGUGUGAAGAGGACACGGUGUUCCUGGAUGACGAGGAGGAGAGGAAGGAGUAUGUGCUGAAUGACAUCGGGAGGCUUUACUAUGGCACAGAGAAGCAAAUCGGUGCCCGCACAUGGAACUAUGGGCAGUUUCAUGAAGGAAUCCUGGAUGCGUGUCUGUUCAUCCUGGAGAAGAGUGACAUGCCUCCAUCUGGUCGAGGAGAUCCUGUCAACGUGGUCAGAGUCAUAUCUGCCAUGAUAAACGCUCAGGAUGACUUUGGGGUUCUGGUUGGGAACUGGUCUGGGGAUUACUCUGAUGGGGUCUCUCCUGCUGCAUGGAGCAGCAGUGUGGAGAUCCUGAGGAAAUACCACUCCUCUACCGGCACGCCUGUGUCAUAUGGCCAGUGCUGGGUCUUUUCUGGGGUCACUACAACAGUGUUGCGGUGUCUUGGAGUACCCGCCCGCAGUGUGACCAACUUCCAGUCUGCCCAUGAUACUGAUGUGUCCCUCACUACAGAUGUGUAUUUCGAUGAGAAUAUGGAUCCGAUAGACUACCUCAAUAGUGACUCUGUCUGGAAUUUCCAUGUAUGGAAUGACUGCUGGAUGGCCAGACCAGACCUGCCCCCAGGUAAUGGAGGCUGGCAGGCUGUUGACUCCACUCCCCAGGAAACGAGCCAGGGCACCUUCCGUUGUGGCCCCGCCUCUAUCAACGCCAUUCGCUCUGGCCAGGUCUACCUCAAACAUGACACACCUUUUGUCUUCGCUGAGGUCAACAGUGAUAAGAUCUACUGGCAGAAGAACCUGGAUGGUACUUUCAGCCAGGUCCACAGUGAGAAGAAAGCUGUUGGCCACUGCAUCAGCACCAAAGCAGUGGGCUCUGAUGAGCGGGCAGACAUCACACACCUGUACAAACACCCAGAAGGUUCAGAAGAGGAACGAAUUGCUGUGGAGACUGCUAGUCGCUAUGGCAGCAAGCCAGACGUCUACUCCACACCCAUGGCAGAGGACGUGACUGUGGAGGUGAAGAUGGACGGCGAGGGCCCCAGGAUGGGCGCCGAUGCAAAACUGAGCAUCUUUGUGAAGAAUCAGAGCUCACAACCUCGUCGGACAACACUGCAUAGCCAGGUGGCUGUCAUGUACUACACCGGUGUGCUGAAGGGCGCCAUCAAGAAGGAACAGAUUCCUGUGGAGCUUUUGCCCAAUGAAGAAAAGACCAUUGAGUGGAUUCUGCCCUACCAGCAGUACCAAAACCAGCUGGUGGAUCAGGCAGCCCUGAUGAUGACCUUGUCUGGAAGAGUCAGUGAGACCCAGCAAGUGUUAGCCAGCCAGACCACUUUCAGGCUCCGUACACCUGACCUCAACAUCACGCCUUUGGGAGAAGCUGUGGUUGGUAAGGAGAUGGCAGCAAAGAUCACCUUCACCAACCCCCUGCCACGUACACUAAAGGGCGUGGUGUUCAGAGUGGAGGGCCUGGGCCUACAAAAGGGCCACGAAGUGGUUGUUGGUGAUGUUGGUGGUCACUCCACAGUGACAUUGACAGAGCACUUCAUUCCCACCCAGCCCGGACCCAGGAAACUGGUGGCCUCCCUCGACUGUAAACAACUCACGCAAGUGCACGGUGUGGCUGAUAUCGUUGUUCUUGAACAAUGAAUGGGAGCUAGCGACAUCACUUUUGCCUUAUGAAAUAUAUCGUGAACUGAAAGCCUCUAAUUAUAUAAACUAUGCUAACUUCCUCUAUCUGAAACUAUCUUGUUUAUAUUUUACAGCAGAAUUUGAAUUUUGAUAUUUGAUAUGAAUAGACAAUUAACUGUAGCAUCAUCAGUAUUAUUUUUUUUAACUUGAAAAAAUAUAAAUUCACACUUCUGCCUUACUCUCGAAUGUUAAACCUGUGGUGAAGAAGUAUGCAGCGCAGUUUAAAUGCAUACAUCGCAAAAAGAGGGCUUUGAUUAACAAGCAUUCAAAUUGUUAUUAAACUGUCAGAUCAUAAAGGCUGUUCUAACACAAAUGCAUUUCAAGACACUGGACAAAGCAUGUGAAGGUGCAGUCAGGUCAUCAGUAUUUUAGUGAAAACACUAUUUCUGUAUUUUACAUAUAGCUUGUCAUAAGAUGAAAGAAAAGUAUGUGAAAAGUAUUUUUAGACAAAAUGAACCUCACGUGGCUUAAAUGAAGGAAGGGUACUGUGAAAUGUUUUGAAAGGGAAUGAUGCUAUAAGUGGCGCUGACAUUUUGCAAAGGGCACGUUGGAAUUUCCCCUUUUUCUGUUACAUUUGACAGAAAAUUUCGUAAUCAAAGUUGAGAGUCAUUUUUCUGUACUGAUUGACAAUGUACAUUUAAAAAAAACAAACAAAAAAAAUGAAAUCUGCAAGGACAUGACUAAAAGGUUAUUUCAGUCAUCAGAUGAAAUGUAAAUUCAAAAUGUCUCCUUUAUUUUGAAAAACCACAAGUUAGCACUCACAAAACUGAAACGUCUCCAUUUGCAGAAUCAGAUCUAAAUGUCCCUUGUGGUUGAACUUUGCCUGAUGUUGCUCUGUAUGACUUGUGUGGAUUUCAUCAUUGUGCGUGUAUAAUUAUACUGACAUCAGCUUUCCAGUAUUUUGCAUUUUACCUACAAAAUUGGACUGGACCUCUUCUGUGAAUUGCAGAAAACCAUAUCACAGCAAAGACCAGAGUGGCCUUAAUUCACCUAAGCUUCUAGUCUCUUUAACUUCAGCACUCAAAGUACAAUGUGAAGGAACUAUUUUAAUAACAUUACACUAUUUAUCUACCUUAUCUACCUGAUUUGUUUUGUUGUUUCUGUUUUGUUGUUGUUGUUUUUUUGUAUUGUACUUACGUAUUUGUGUUGUGUUGGUAAUAAAACAUACAU